CUCGGCGAACGGUUCAGAGCGGACGGAUUUGAUCGAUAUACAUACUGUAUAUAUAUAUAUAUGUAAACAGAGAGCGAAAGAAAGAGAGAGAGGUAGACAGAGACAGCUACAGUGCGAAGAUAGAAAGAGCAACAAGUUUGCAAGUGGAAAUUUUAAUAACGAAAUGCAGUGAAUACCCGUCCCGUGCCGUCCCGUCCAACGAGUGCCACAAACAAAAAGCCUGGACUUGAAAUCAAAACCGAAAUACUCGUAAAACAUCAAAAUCAUAAUUAAAUCAAAAAACUAAAACAAAUCUUUGGCUCAUUAUGAGCACAAAAGACAGAAACAGUGUGAAACCAACGAAAAUCCACAAAAGCGAGAGCCAAAAGAGCCCCAAACACAUCGUGAAUCUAGUUUAAAAUUUUUAAAAAAUCCAAAAAAUAAUCGACAACAAGUGAAAGAGCCGAACAACAGAGACGGAUAGAGCGGAGGGUGCCGCUUGCGCCGACAGCCAGAACGAGACGGCCGAACGACAGACCGAGACUUUCGCAGUUGAGGUUGAUUUUUGCAUGCGCUACAGCAACAGCUAGAGCCACAGAGAGACAUCUGGAAGACAGCCAGAGUCCAGAGCCCGAAGAAUUGUUAUUAACCAGACAGGCAGAAGGGAAAACCAACCACACGCACACCGCACAGAAAUGGAGUACGAGAAAAUGAUGUACCUGGCAAAUAACAGCGAGAUGUCGCACAGUCCCCAUCUGAAGCCACAACCGUUCCAGGCCCUGACACCGCCGGACCAGUACUCCGCCUAUGCGGAUAACUUUGAUCUGUCGCUGCUGCCGCAGGACGCCGGCAUACCCACCACGGUUUACCAGUAUAACGCGCCACAGAUUAAGAUCGAGUGUGCCUGGGACAGACAACAGCAACAACAGCAACCGGCACCGGCCUAUGCCUCUUCCGGCCAUCAGUUGACCCCUCCGCCGGCCUAUCCACACAGCGUGUAUCCCUCCCCCCAGUCGUCGCCCCUGCAGUCGGAGUUCGCCUCGUUUGGGGGCUACGGAAAGUUCCACGGCAGCUACGACUGCCUGAGCAGCCCCUCGCCCUCGUUGGAUGCAACGAGCAUCAAGCAGGAGCUGCACAUCCUGCCGCCCUCCCCGCCAGAGUCCAACUGUGAGACACCCUCGCCACGCUCCGCCUGCAGCGAGAGCAUUAAGGCAGAGCCGCUGGACUCGGACAUUGAGAGCUUCAUCGAUCUGAACGCCCUUCUCCAGCAGCAGCAGCAGCAGUUGCAGCCGGACACCAAGCCCGACCAUCAGCUGUUGCGCGAGUGCCUGGAGGACACGACGUUCCAGAAGAAGCACAACCUGCGGCCACUGGCCCUGGAAUCCUUCAUCGGCGGCUUGGCCGAGGUGCGCGGGGACUUUGAGCCUGUCAUUUCGCUGGCGCUGGAGCAUGCCAAGCGGGAGGCCGAUGCCAUCUGCAUGGAGCUGCAAAUAUCGCAGGAUCCAAAUGCAUGGACACCCCCGCAAGUGCACGCCUGGCUGCGAUCCACCUUGGCACAGUUCAAGCUGCCGCCGGCCGCCAAUUUGGAGCUAAAGUUCUGCGAAGACGGUGCCUCAUUGGCAUUACUCAGCGAAGAGGAAUUCAUGCGUCGACUGCCACAGAGCGGGAGCACACUGCAUGCCCAAUUGGAGAUAUGGAAGAUGGCCUAUGCCGAUCAGCCGAAUAGCCAGAUCCAGCAGCAGCAGCCAGGCCUCGAUCUGUGGCCGACAGCUAGCUAUCCGAUGCUCAACCUGGACGACUACAAUGGGGACAGCGAAGACGAUGAGGAAAUGGAGGCGGAGGCUACUGUAGCCCCUACACCCACGCCCACUCCCGCAGUGACCGCAGCUGCCACAGCGACUUCCACACCAGUGAAGCGCACCAGUGGCGGGCGCACUGGCGGCGGCUCCCACAUCCAUCUGUGGCAGUUCCUCAAGGAGCUGCUGGCAUCACCGCAGGUGAACGGCACCGCCAUACGCUGGAUAGAUCGCACCAAGGGCAUCUUCAAGAUCGAGGACUCGGUGCGGGUGGCCAAGCUGUGGGGUCGCCGCAAGAACCGCCCGGCCAUGAACUACGACAAGCUGUCGCGCUCCAUCCGGCAGUACUACAAGAAGGGCAUCAUGAAGAAAACGGAGCGGUCGCAGCGCCUGGUCUACCAGUUCUGCCAUCCCUACAACCAGUAGAGAGGAGGCCAGGAGGCCUGGCACUCGUAUCCAGAUCGCGUAGUUCUAAGGGUAUUUAUUUGCUAGCAUAGCCACCUGUCCCACCUGUCCGUAUCCCCCCCCAUUCCACGCUCCGACUAUGCCCGACUAGCCUUGUGGGUCUAGCGGGUUCUAGUUCCUGUACAUACACAAUCUUUAUAGCGCACGAAGGUAAGUUCGUGCAUCGAUUAAGUUUGGCUCUAGCUCGUAGGCUAAAACCAUUGCCCCGCAUGGCGAAGGUAAGUUCGUCGGAGGGCAGAGGUUUUAAGCGCAAUCCAUCAUAAUGUAAAUCUAAUCUUGCCCUGCGGCUGGGCGUGGCUGUUGGCCCAUCGCUGCAGGCAUAUGUUUGACUUACUGCCGACAUCUUUAUUCAAAUGCUGCCCGCUCAUGCAGUGGUUAAUCAAUGUGCACCCACGUGUGUGUCACUGCUGUGUGCUGCUUGCUGCUGCCAGGAGCUGGGGAGGCGCCAGAAGUGGGGGACCACCACUAGUAGCCUGAGGCGAAACUUGGUUAAAAGUCGAACCACUCAACGCUCUCCUCAGAGGCACUGCAGCAAGCGGCAGCGGCAGACACCCACUGCUGGGCAGCAUGAAGGUGUUGCGGUAAUUUUAGGAACCAUAUAUCUAUGAUAUAUCAAAAGUAAGUUCUAUGAACAACUUAAUAACCGAACAAAAUGUUAAUACUCUAGACUCUAAGGCAAGCGAUUAGUUGUAGGACUCCUUGAAAGUUUUUUCUCUUCAAAACAAUUACCGGGAAAAGUUAAAAAACUUUCGACCCUCCCUCCCCCUAGGCCUAGGCGAGAGACGCCUGGGAGACGCUCCAUAAACAAAUAUCAAUAUCAAUUAUUUAUUCUGUAUAGUACUCCGGUGGUGGAUCAAUUUAGACAUUUAUAGUGUUAAUUUUAUUACGAUUAUUAUCUGCAGUUUGCAUUGUUUACCCCCCUAAAGUUUGCAUAGUUUCCAGUUUCCAGUUUCGUGUCUGUGUCGGGUAUUUAGUUUAAGUUAAUUUUAAUAUUUAUUUGUGGGCACCCUCCCCUGUCGAGUGGCGGCCAAAAAGUCAAUUAUUUGGCUUCUAUUUGCAUGGAGUGGAGAGCAGUGUUAACGUUAAUGCUGGCGCUUUUAAUUGAAUUAUGCAUCGGCCAAUCGACUCGAUUCAUUCGGCUCGGCGUUGCCUUAUUUGUUAACCAAACAGCAGAAUAUUUAUCAGCAUAUUACACAUAUAAUUAGGAUACUGUACUGUACUGUCUGCGCGGCAGCCAGAUUUAUGCACUUUACACUUUUUGCGACACUCCAAUUAUUUAUUUAUUUAUUCAACUAACAUAUUGUCAUGCCGAUACGCUAUCCGAUAAAUAAAAAGUCACACAA